AUGUCGGCUGUGCAGCAGGCCCAGGCCCUGGCUGCCAGGGCGGCUGGGGCGCCAUUCACAGAUGGUUCCCUGGAAGGCGCGAUUGCCAGGGCUGGUGCAGUGCUGAGGGCGGGAGAGCUGGGCUGCAGCGCUGUGCACAGCGACGGGGGGCUCCUGGAUCCGACCUUGGCUGUGGAAUUGCGCUGCCUGCAGCUCAUGCAGAGAGCGCCGCAGGCGCACGCAUCGCUGCUGGAAGCGGCGCAGAGCUCGCCAGGCCUCCCUUGCUACCUGCAGGCUGCGGGCGAGCUGCCCGCGGCCGCGUUCCGGCGCUUCCUCCUGCUCCGGCCUCACCUGUUCACCCCCGGCCCAGAUUGCGCCACCUUCCGCCCCGCCCCAGGUGCAGCCGGGUUCCUAGAACUGAAGCACCGCGUGCUGCGCUGCCUGAUGGAGGAUCCGUCCCGCAUCCAGCUUCAGGCCGCCGUGGCAGCAGACGUGGGGGCGGGCCUGGAUCCAGCCAUGCAGGCGCUGGCGGUUCAUAGCUUUGAGGAGUUCUGCGGCCGCUACCUUCGUGACUGCGCCUGGCUCAGUCACGGCUUCCUCCAGCUGCGCCCCUACGCCACCAGCGCCCUCCGCUUCCCUCCCCAGUGCCCCUGGGAGCAUGUGUCCUCCGGCGGCUGCUAUCACGGAGCCAAGUGCCGCCGUUGCCAUGCGCCGCCCCGUGGGGAGGGCCAUCUGAAGGACCUGGUUCAGGUGCGGGUGCGUCGCGAGUCGUAG